AUGAACGUAAACAAGCCCCUAAACAUCAACGACGUAGAUCUACUUGCUGUCGGGCCCCAACCAUCUCUGCCACUCUCCCAGCACACAGACAUGUCAUACUUCCUCCAGCGCAUCCGUCUAGCAGAGAUCUCACGCAACUUCGUCGACCAGAUCACAUCGGAUCCGUCCAAACGCGAUGCUCACCUUAUGGCAAUGGACAGACAGCUCGUGGACAUGAUGCACGAAACACCCGCUUUCUUCCUGCUAGACUCCUACGACAACACAUUUUCCUCCGGCAAGCCAAACCACACCUUCAUCCAAGCCUACUUCCUCAACACGCUCAUCCACACCCAGCGCUGUAAACUACACCUCACCUCUCUCACCCGCCCACCCGCAUCUAUGGCCAUCUCAACAAGCCCGUCUUCCCGCACCGCCUGUCUCUACUCAGCCAGCCAACUCAUCUACCUCGAAAUAAAAAUUUUACGGUCGCGUCAUCCUUUCGCGCAUCGCCCACAACGUCCUCCAGCUGGUCUGUACAGUAUCUUCAUUGCUACUAUUGCGUUACUCAUGGACGCCUGCCUCAACAGAUCUAGCGAACUGCAGGCCGAGCUAGAACAAGAUAAUGAUUUGGCGAAAGGAUUGCAGAUGAUUGCGGAUGCGAGAGAAGAUUCACUCGCAGCAGCGAAAUUACACGAGUCUCUCAUGCAGAUUGUGGGGAAGUAUCGAGGUGCUGAGAGAAUAAGAGAAGGAAAUCCAAAAUGUGUGGAUAAGGAGAUUGCGCUGGAGACGUUCCAAGUUACAUCCUCGAAUGCCUUGCGGGAGCACCAACCUUCAUCGCAAGUUCACGAUGCGAUACAGCUCGAUCUAGCCGACUGGGACGAUCUAUUCUCAAGCGUAUCUUCAUCUCCGUUUUUCUGA